CAUCCCAUCCUUUGUAUCCGGAGGUCUUGGGGAGGGGUGUCUGGGGCCCAGCAUGGUGCAGUGGCAAACGCCAGGGUCAUAAGGCUGCCUCUCCACCUGGGCUCUGCCACUUAAGAGCUGCGGGCCUUGAGGGAAGCCACUCUGCUUUAUUUUUCCUGUCUAUAAAAUGGGAUAAUAACACUGCCCGGGAGACGGCACAGGGUUAUUGGGAGUUCCCACGAGGUAUACACGGGAAGGUGUGUAAAAGGCAGAGGCGUGUACAGCUAAGGGGUGUUAUUAUUUCAUGGCAGGGGGACCUGGAGUUCAGCCUCACAUCUGCUGCCUUUCUGGGUGUUGCAAGCUGCUCUUCUGUGGUCUGUCUUCAGCUUGACCUCAGAGGACCCAGAGCCAUUCCUUUCCCACCCCCUCGGCCAUCCUGGUGACAGGGGCCAGGCUGUCUAGGAGGGGGCUUUGCCGAACCUGCCGCUGGCUCUGUGAUUCUGCCCUUGGGGGUCUUCUGCCCACGAAGCCCAUACUCUGAGAUGCUCCGCAGCUGCGCGCCUGCGUUUACCCCCUUUCCUCUCCUACUCAAAGAAGGGGUGCUACCUCCAGCUCCCUCAUCCUGCUUCCGAGUGGCUGGGAGCACUUGGGGGGGCCCAGGACCGGCCCCCACCGGCCUCCUCUCCUGCCCGAGCAGGCGCAGCGCUCGCAGCCUGCCUUCUUCCGCCGCCAGGUUGUCGGCGAGUUGGACCUCCCAGCCUCACGGGACUGCUGUGCGGCUGCGGACGUCGCGAAUGCGCCGCUGCGGCGGGGACUAGGCCUGGGAGGCGGCGCCAUGGGCUUGUGAUUGCACCUGGAAGCGCCCAUGACCGAGCUGGUGUCCUCCGAGGACGGGUCCCCUGCGGGGGACGGGGAGGAGGGUCUGGGGGACGAGAGAGGCCUGGUCAUCCACCACCCCGCGGAGGAGCAGCCGUACAGCUGCCCGCUGUGCGGCCAGACCUUCUGGCAGCAGCCCAGCCUGGUGCGGCACCAGAAGGCGCACGCCGGGGCGGGGCGCACGGCUGCCUUCGUGUGCCCGGAGUGUGGCAAGGCUUUCAGCGUCAAGCACAACCUGGAGGUGCACCAGCGCACGCACACCGGCGAGCGGCCCUUCCCCUGCCCCGAGUGUGGCCGCUGCUUCAGCCUCAAGCAGAACCUGCUCACGCACCAGCGUAUCCACAGCGGCGAGAAGCCGCACCAGUGCGCGCAGUGUGGCCGCUGCUUCCGCGAGCCUCGCUUCCUGCUCAACCACCAGCGCACGCACGCGCGCAUGCCCGCCCCGCACCCGCGCCGCCCCGGCGUCUUUGGGGAGCGGCGCCCCUACUUCUGCCCGCGCUGCGGCAAGAGCUUCGCGCGUGAGGGCUCGCUCAAGACCCACCAGCGCAGCCACGGCCACGGGCCCGAGAGUCAGGCGUCCCAUUUAGGCAGCGUACUAUGAUGCCGAUGCCAUCUGUCACCAUAGGCCGCCUCCAGCCCUGGAGCCGCGUCAGGGGGCCUUGGAGAUGGCACUGGGCUGCGGCUGCUGCUCAGGAUGGGCAUCUGGGAGCGGGGGAAACUGGCUUGGGGUGUCCAAAGGGCUCGGGCCGCCCUGUUCCUCUCCUCUCCCGGGGCUGUCCGGUUGGCUGUGAGCGCACACAGUGGCAUUUGGCACCUGCGUAGGUUUUGCUCCGGAGGCUCCUGCUGCCUAGAGCAGGCGAGCCCCGCAGGUGGGAUUCAAGCGUGGGGUGUGUGGUGUUGCUUCUCCAUAUCGGAUGGAGAUGGUGGGCGUCCUGGGCGUGCAGGUGGUGCAGGUCUCCCCAUGACCCGCUGCUUACCGGAUCUCCGUUCCCAGAAUGUCAGAGUGGAAAUCAUGUUGGAGAGCACAGCUUGCCGCUGAUCCCCAGGCCCCACCUCAGCCCUCAAGGCCUCCUGCCCCCGGCACACACUCUCUGGUGUCCUUGGGAAAUCACCCCACUUCGUGUCUCAGUCUAUGCGUCUGUCUGUAAGCUGGGGAUAGAGACCAGAGACUCCUUCUCUUUGGGAUACUGUGAGGAUUUGCCUGAGAGGGACGACGCCAUUUGUCCAGAAAGCUUUGGCUGAGAACUCACUGCGUGCCACCUGCUGUGCCGUGUUCCACUCUGGGAAGAGCCACAGGUGAGGACCCUGUGGGCACUGCUGCUUGUGUGUGCCAGUGCCUUUGCAGAGAGCUGUGGGCUAUGCAGUGGGACAGCCUGUAAAAUGCUCUGGGAUCAAAGUGACUGGCUGCACCCAGGGGACUCUGACGGCUUUGGACCCAGGCCUGAGGACAAAUAGACUUGCUGCAGGAAGACCAGGCCUGUGCAGGGAUGUCUUCAAGGAGAGCUUUGCAUUGAGGAGGCUCAGACACGCCUUACAAAGGGCUUGUUGGGGGAAGGGACAUCUGAGACUUUAAAGGAGAAGCACGCGGUGAGCUCAGAACUGAGCCCUGGGAGGACAGCUAGAAGAGCGGGAGCCUUGGGGUGACCCGGCAAAAGAAAACGGGGCCCCAGCUAGGAUGCCUGACCAAGGCUGCGGUGACAGCGGAAAGCCAGCACUCCGAUCGCCAGUUGCUGCCCUGAGUUGGGGCCCUCAUCCCACUGUUUGAUUCGAAGCGGGCACAACCUCCUGCCCGGGAAGUGCAGGGCACAUCUGGGCACAGAGACUAGGAAUCGAGCCUCACAGGGGCCUGGCUGGCACCAUGCCCUGGCACGCGGACACACGCCCUAAGAAGACCUACCUCGGGAGGUGCCCUUCAGGGACCUGCAGAGGUUCCCUGAUGGAGCCUGGAAUUAGAGGCUGAUUCCCAAUUCCAAGCCCUGAUGGGAAAACGCCCCAGGCCCAGUGGGAGUCACAGCUGGGCAAGGCUCCUCCACGUGCCUGGCCACAGACCCCAAGUCUUGUGUGGCCACAGUGGGGACGGCACCUGAGUGGAGAGCUGGCUUCUCUGCCCCUGCCUGGUCCACCCUUGGCUAAUGUUCAGAGACAGGAAGUGACUGUCCGAAGCCAACGCAGCAAGCUGGUGUCAGAUUUGGCUCUAGAGGCAAACCCUCCCAUCAGAAGCGAGCCAUACCUGCAGGCUUUGCUUUCCUUUCUGAGCUGGAAAGGUCUUUAAUACCUUGGGGUCAUUCAGCCGUUGGAAAAAUCUGCUGAAGGUUAUGGACCUUGUCCCCAGGAGAACAAACACUCACUCAUGUGCGCUCAAAAACUGGGAGUGAUUUCAGGAGCCCUUGGACUCCAGACUAAGAACCUCCACCAGGGGUCUUCACCCGCCACCCUUUCCUCACUGAGCCCCUCAGGCAAGGCCACCCUACAAAUACCACCCCUGCCCCCGCCUCCUUCCCUUGGGGAAUAAAGAAUCCAGAGGUGGAAACCUUUUUAGUCACUCCCUUCUCCCAGACCUCACAGAACACCGGGCUUCUAGAACUUGAUUUCCUGUCCCGACACUGUCCGAGGUUCCCUGGGCUGGUUUGUGUCCCAGGUUCUGCCUAACAGCCUGUUGGUUUGCGAGGUGGAGCCCUUUGCUCGGCCCAGGCUCUGAUUUCAUCGUGAGGUCUUGGGGAAGCCAGCCUGCCCGGAAGGCGGGGGUUCAGGCUGCGACCACCCCAGGGAAGGGAUCCUGCUCCCCUCAAACACACCCAGACAGCAAUGCCGCCUGCUCAUAGCUGUGCAGCUCCAGGCAGACACUGCUGGGAGGAUGUGAGCUCUGUGUGCUGUGGCUCUGGGCAGUGUGAGAACCCAGUGGGGGAGCUCCGUGUCCCCUGAGGGGACAGGACACAAGUGGAAGGGAGCAGGUCCCGGGCCAGCUGCAGGGUGUGGAGUCAGCUCCACACUUGAGCAGGUCAGGUGGGAGCCUACCUGCGCCCCUGUCUCCCAAGAGGGAGCCCCCUCAUCAGAAAAGGUGGUGCCUGCAGGGACGCAAGGGAAACCUGUGGCUUCCUGCCCUGGGGCCUUGCCGCUUCUCCUGUGGACCUGGCUCCUGCUUCUUACUGAGCACCUUCUGUGUGUCUCAUCCUGGGACUGCAGAUGACCUGGGCGUUCAGAGGAGCUCCGUGGCCUGGGAGCAUCCAUUCGGCUGCCAUCCUGGGCCAAUCUCAAAGAAGCCUCAGCUACGCACCCCUGUUGCUGAUUGUCCAGCUUGCCUCCUCCUGCCACAGCUGUGCUGUGCUUUCCCUUUGUUGCAGAAAUGUCCCCCUUCCCCGCCCUCCCUCGAAGCCCUCCAUAUCCACCAGGGCUGAGCUUCCCCAGCACCUGACCACCCUCUUCCUUCUCUGAACAGUACCUGUGCUAACACACUGUGUCACUUUCAAGUACAACGUGCUGUCUCAUC